UUUCGUCUUCUUUUGACGAACAACAACAAAUAACAAAGAAACUUUUUCUCUUUUUCUAGAAGAAUAAAGAUAGGUUUGUAAUUAACCGAAUAUUCAUUCAUUCCUUCCCUCAUAUAAAUACAACACCAAAACCACACACCAAGAGCACGAAGACUCAACGAAACCUUCAAACUUCAACACACACUUUAUUUUUCAAUUCCCUCUCUCUGUUCAUUCCAUUCCAACAACAAGAUAUGCCACAGCUAGAUUUUGAAUCUCUUGUUUCCGCUUUAUCCGGCGCUUCCACCGAUCAGAAAGUCGCAUGCGAACCAACGGAACAAGACGCCGACGACUCGCCGCCGGAAUCGUUUUGGCUCUCCAACGACGCCGAACACGACUGGUGGGAUAGAAACGCUGUUUACGAAAGAAACGAAUCAACGAAAGGAAGUUCAAUUUCCACAAACCUAAACCCUAAUUCAGCCUCAAAUUCUCAGCGAUUUUCCAAGAAUUUGAAGAAAUCAAAGGCUACAAUCAUUGGCUUACCGAAAUCUCAGAAAGCUUCGUUUGCUGAAGCUAGAUGCCGACGUAAUCACCGGCCGGGGAACAACACUAGGUCUUUGUUUCCAAAACGAAGCGCUUCAAUCGGAGGAAAAUCUGAUUCAAGCGUUUUCGAACCUUCGUCGCCGAAGGUUUCAUGUAUAGGAAGAGUUAGAUCGAAACGCGGACAUAACCAUAACCGCCGGUUGAGAACUCGUCAGAGAUCGAUUUCCUCUACAACAACCUCCGGCUCCGUCGUUAGACAGAAAUCUUUACGUAAUCAAAGGAAGAAGAAAACCGGUUUCAUCGAAAGCGUUUGCGCGAUUUUCCGGAGUCACCGGAGAGAAAAAUCGGGUCAGAAAUCGGAUCUUGCACCGGCGGGAGAUAGUUCAUUAACGAAGAAGAAGAGCCGGGGGAGAAAAGCGCGGGAAGGAGAUGGAAGUACGGUGAGCCGAACCGAAGUUUCGUUUGAAGAACCGGUUUACAGUGGACCGCUCGGUCUGGGUUCAAUGAACCGGUUUGCGUCUGGGAGGCGGCCCGAGUCAUGGAGAGUAGGUGAAACUGAAAUCAACCACCAUUCUCAUUAGUUAAGAUUUGUUUUCGUUCGUACGAAUUUGGUGGCUGCCACGUGUGGGGUCCAAUCUUAGCGUGUGUUCGUUGGACUCGAAGUUUUGAAUAGUUGUUAGAAUGUUGAUGACGUGGCACGUAGAAUAACUGUUUGUAACUGUUCCUUACCACUGUACUCUUUUUUUUCUAGUUGCUUUGAACUUUGAAGCCGUGUUUCAAUUUGCUUUUGGUUUUUGAACUUAUCUGUUUUAGGUAGUGAGUAGUGACCACGGUGUUUUAAUAAUUUGUAAAUAUGAUUCGUGUGCUUUUUGCUGUAAUGAGCAGCUGUAAAUUUUUUAGCACUUUUGAGUUUCAAAGUUCAA